AUGUGUAGCGCAUAUUAUCGAAUAAAGAAAUAUCAUCAGUUGAAACGAUCAGCUGAAGAAGUAAUAUUAUCAAGUAACGUAACAGAUGCUAAUAAACAAUGUCGAUUGGACAAUUCAAAUUCUUGUAUUAGAAAGCCAAUGGAAAUAAAUCGAGUUAUAGGUACUAAUAAUAAUCAUUCACAUAAUGAAAAUAAUUCAUAUCACAAUCGGAACCACAAUAGUUCACACAGCCAUGAUGAUCAUAAUCAAUCACACAAUAGACUUGUUUUGCAUAAUCAAUACGAGUGUCAACCAUUUAUUGUUGCUGUAUAUAGCGAAAAUUCGAAACCACAAAAUGUAAAUGAAUAUUUACAAGAUUUUGUCGAAGAAGCAAAUUCUUUAGUUCAAAAUUUUAUAAUCAUUGGUCAAAGAGUAUUGAAGGUAGAAAUUAUUGGAAUUUCUUGCGAUACACCUGCAAGAUCGUUUAUUAAAAAAUAUAAAAAUCAUGGUGGAUUUUAUGCUUGUGAGCGAUGUGAAAUAAGAAGUAAAACAAAGAAUAAAAGAAGAAUUUAUCCUAACAUGAAUUCCAAACAACGAACUGAAGACUCUUUCAGAAGACAACAACAAAAAGAACACCAUUUGGAAGGCAGAUCACCAUUGACUAUACCACAUUUCGACCUUGUCAGAAAAACACUCGAUUUAGAUGAAUUCAAUCACUGGAAAGCAACACAGUAUCGCCUCUUUUUACAUUAUUGUGGAGCCCUAGUGUCAGAAGCUCUGCCCAAAAAGAUGUAUCAACAUUUUCUUCUCCUGGUAGUUGCGUAUGACUUUGAAUUCACAAAAUUGUCUCUGUCCGAAUUUUCCGCAUUUCCUUUUGAAAACAAGCUUGGUAAAAUUAAACAAAAAAUUCGAGGAAAAAAGAAUCCAGUGGCACAGUUAGUUAGAAGAGAAUCCGAAGAAAGAUGCCCAAAAACGGUAUUAAAGAACGCUAUUCACAGAAAAAAAGUUGUCAUAGUUGAUCCUGAUGUUCCAUAUGAACGUGCAAUUGAUUUGAAGAGUAUCGUUCUACGUGGAGUAGAAAUAAAUACGUCAAAGCCGAAUAGCAUUGUACAAUUAGAUUCCAAUGAGAUGCUCAUAAUUACAAAAAUCAGAAGAGAAGGACAGAAUAUUUUUGUACAUGGUUAUGGAUUCAAAACAGUUACGGAUAUCUUCAAAUUCCCGUGUGAAUCGACAAAAGUGGGAAAUCAUGAAACUGAGUCGACUGUCUCGAAGGGAAAAAGUGACCUUUCUAGAAAAUAUUAA